GACAGCAGCAUCUUUUGACUCGCACCGACUUUGAUUCAGCCUGAACACUAGUUUGGCAUUCGUGAACUCUGUUUCAGCAUCUUUCUCGAUUUUUUUUUCUUCCUCUCCGCUCCCUGAGUUGUCGUGUCAGCAUGCAGCUUUUAGCCAGCUUAGUGUCUCUGCUGCUGGUGCUGUACAGUGUGAGAGCAGCGGCUGUGCUUCCACUGGAGGAAAGGAGUUCCACACAACCCAUGGAACUAACUAAGGAGCAAAAAGAGCUGCUCAUCGCUCUGAUCACCCGUAUCCUGAAUGCCGGCUACAACAGAGAUCCUGUCCCUCUGGAAGAGGAAGAACCCAUCGAGUCCCGCCUGGAAGAGCGAGCCGUGUACAACCGGCUAGCGCAGCUUCCUCAGAGAGACCGCAAAGCCCCGUGUAAGAAUUUCUUCUGGAAGACGUUCACAUCGUGCUAACCCUAUGUUCCAUCCAAGUGCUCUCUGCUCCUCCUCGAAACCUUACAUGAACUGUGCAGAACAUCACCGUACGCAUCAUCGGCACCAUCCAGAGAGGGGUCUUAAUGGACUUUACAGAUGCAGCCAGAUUGUUAAAAGAUAUUGAUUAUUAUAUUUAUCUAUUUAUUGAUUUACUAUUUAUGUACUGUACUGUUUUUGAACAUCUCAAAUCAAUAAAGCAUGGUUAUAACAUUA